AUGGCCUCUGUAACGGUGUCCUGGCAGGAAGUUGCCGAAGCCAAACGCCUGGCUAUCCUCGAUGCGAUCCCCGAGAAGUGGCGAAUCCGAGAAUGCAUCCCCCCAGCUACCGAGUUGCCCGAUGUCACAGGUAACUACAUUCAGGGCUUCCUUAGUCCCCGCGAGAUAGAAAUCACGGAGGCCGAUGCUGUUACGAUAACGAAGCAGACCUCCUCUGGAAAUUGGAGCGCGGUAGAGGCGACAGAAGCGUUUUGUCACAGGGCGGCGAUUGCUCAUCAACUUGUUAACUGCUUGCAUGAGGUGUUUUUCGAAGAUGCCAUACAAGUGGCGAAGGAGCUUGAUGCGUAUUUCGGCGCGACGGGAAAGCCCAUGGGUCCCCUGCAUGGCCUUCCCGUAAGUCUCAAAGACCAAUUUCAUGUGAAGGGCGUUGAGACUACCAUGGGCUACGUGGGCUGGGUCGGAACUUUCGAAGGCAAAAGGGACGACCCUCGCGCUAAAAUGGCUGAAAGCGAGCUCGUACGUGAACUCCGCCGCGCUGGGGCAAUAGUUUUCUGCAAAACAAGCGUACCACUUACUCUGAUGGCGGGAGAAACCGCCAAUAAUAUCAUCGGGUAUACGUGGAAUCCCAAAAACCGACACCUUUCCUGUGGGGGAAGCUCCGGCGGAGAGGGAGCACUGAUUGCGCUUCGAGGGUCGCCUGCCGGAUUCGGAACCGACAUUGGAGGAAGUAUACGGGUUCCAGCUGCUUUCAAUGGUAUUUUCGGUCUCCGUCCAUCCGCGGGACGAAUGCCAUAUGAGGGAGCUGCGAAUUCCAUAGACGGCCAAAACACGAUCCUGUCCGUGGUCGGGCCCAUGGGGACGAGUGCCGGGUCGCUGAAGCUGCUUUUCAAGGCUAUUCUUUCCCAAGAGCCUUGGCUCCAUGAUCCCCUUGCGCUGGCGAUGCCGUGGAGGGAUGAUGUUGAGAUGCAGACACAAAGUCUGAUCGAGGCAUCAGCUAAAGAUCCUUCACUCCUAACCUUUGCCAUUAUGCGUCACGAUAGCGUCGUGCAGCCUCAUCCACCUGUGAGACAGGCACUCAUGCUUAUGGAGCAGACUUUGAAGAAUCGUGGUCAUCAGGUCAUAGAGUGGUGUCCGCAAAAUUGCCAGGUUGGCCACGAAAUUGCAGAUAAAGCCUACAGCCUCGACGGCGGCGAGGAUCUGACUGAUCAAAUUGCUUUGUCGGGUGAAGGAAAGAUCCCCCAGUGCUUCAUACAAACAGGAAAGCACUGGAAGGCCAGGGAGAUAGCUGCAUUGAAUGUACAGAAACGCCUCUACCAGAAAAUGUACAUGGAUUACUGGAAUAGCACUGACCAGCUGACCGGGACUGGGCGCCCCGUCGAUGCUAUCAUUUGUCCAGUGGCACCCCAUGCUGCUGUGAUUCCUGGGAGAUAUCGCCACGUCGGAUACACUAGCUUCGUGAACGUCUUGGACUACACAAGUGCAGUUAUUCCUGUUACAAAUGCCGACAAGGUGGUGCAUAGGAUUGGUAAUCCAAUAGAGUAUCUCAGUGAUAUAGAUGAGCAAGUCCAGUCGGAGUAUGAUGCUGAAAUGUAUCACGGUGCCCCAGUGGGAAUUCAACUCAUUGGAAGACGGUUAGAGGAGGAAAAGAUUCUCACAAUGGCUGACUUCAUUAGCAGAGAGCUCGAAAAUGCAUUGAAAUAGAGACAACAGAAAUUUUCCAGAAUGGACCAUGUUUAUUUGCCCGUUCC